AUGGAUAAGAUGGCUGUGGCUUCCUUUGCGACAGGAGUGCCAAUCAUUGGGACUCCUGAUGAAGACACCAUGGACAGAGUGUUUCCAAAAAACGACUCUGAAAUGGUGGGAAUUGUGUUCACGGACACUUUCUCAUGUCGGCUAAAGUUCCCGUGGGGGCAUCGAACCCCAGAUAUGAGAGAACACUUUGAAUACUCAGAACACUGAUGGGCUGUGUAUGAUGAAAUUUUUUGUCCCUUGGCAACGUACUGGCAAAGAGGGUUUGUGGCUUUUCAAACUGCAAUGAAUGCUGCAAUUAUAGAAGUCACAACUAAUCAUUCCGUGAUGGAAGAGUUGUCAUCAGUGAUUGGAAUAAAUAUGAAACCCCCUUUCAUUUCUCGGCAAGAAACUGUAAAUGAAUGGUUUAUUUUUAUUUGUGUAGUUUGUUUCUCCCCUUUUGUGCAUGUUGCAUCAUUAAACAUGACAAAGGAAAGAAAAAAAAUGAAGAAACUGAUGACACUGAUGGGCCUCCGAGAGUCAGCAUUCUGGCUCUCUUGGGCAUUGAUGUACGCUGGCUUCAUCAUCAUCAUAUCCGCUUUUAUGGCUCUGGUCAUAACAUUUGUCCAAAUUAUAGUCAUUACUGGCUUCAUGGUGAUAGUCGCACUCUUUAUCCUAUAUGGCCUGUCUGUGAUAGCACUGGCUUUCCUUCUGAGCGUGUUGGUAAGGAAACCGAUUCCUGCAGGUUUGGUUGGGUUUCUCUUCACCGUGUUUUGGGGGUGUCUCGGGUUCACUGCACUGUACACACAGCUUCCUUCACCACUCAAGUGGGCCUUCGGUCCUUUCAGCCCUUUUGCCUUCACUGCUGGAAUGGCUCAGAUUCUACACCGGGAUUAUUACGUGAAUGGUGCUGUUUUUCCUGAUCCUUCUGGAGAGUCGUAUAUGAUGAUGAUGACUUUUUUCAUUUUGGCAUCUGACACUUUUCUCUAUUUGAUGUUAACAUUAUAUUUUGAGCGUGUUUUGCCUGAUGAAGAUGGCCACCGGCUUCCACUGUUGUUUUUCCUGAAGUCUUCAUUGUGGCCCCCACAUCAAAAUACUCAUCAUGAAGUCUUCGAGAAUGAGAUGAAUCCUGAGCAUUCCUCUGGUGAUGCUUUUGAACCAGUGUCUCCAGAGUUCCACGGAAAAGAAGCCGUGAGAAUCAGAAAUGUUAAAAAGGAAUAUAAUGAAAAGCCUGAAAGAGUAAAAGCGUUGCAAGGUAAAGAGAAAAACUUCUUUCGGACCUCUGCAGAGAGCAGGCCCACACUUGUGAUGUGGCAGCACGCUGCCCAGUGCCCGGGGAAGCUUUACCCUCCUCUCCUCACCGAUCUUCCUUCCCUCCUUCCUCAUGCGGAAUAA